UAUGCACAGUAUAUUUCCUGUAGUUGUCAAAACAAAGUUGUGUUAGUUGGUGUUAUUCAGUGUUAGUAUUUCCAUAACCUCAAUCAAAGCCAAUUUAUCUGAGAUUUAGUUUAAGUUCAACUAAACAGAAAGAUGGCUUUGGUUGCGUACGGCAGUGACAGCGAAUCUGAUAAUUAUUCAGACCAUGAUGAGGAUAAACCAGGUACUGUUACCUUGCUACAGAAGUCAUCCAGCAAUGAAGCACAAAGUUCUGACAAAAUAGAGGAGGGGCCCGACACUCUUUUCAAGAAAUUGCCUGAUCCCAAAAUGGAUACUAAUCCAGACAUUGAGGAGGAGGUUGAUGAGUUCUUGAUGAAGAAAGAAGUGGCUCUUGAGAAACCUCAGAAACUGAAGAAAAUCAUUAAGAUUGGAGUUCCUGCACUUGAGCAGUUUGACAGCGAUGAAGAAGAUGCUAAACCAUUAAAACUUCGUUUACAAGCUUCUAAGGCGAGUGGCUUGUUUGCCAUUCUUCCUGCUCCGAAGAAUGUGCCUAUGACAAACAGAACAUUUGUUCCAAAUGUUUUGACGAAGAAGAAGAAGCCUACAGCUACUAUAACUAGGCCCAAGCAGGAGACAAAGCCGAAAGUUGCUGAAAAGAGAAAACUUCCACAAGAGAGUGAUGAUGAGGAUGAUGAUGAAUCAAAGGUUGAGACUUUCGAUGAUGAAACUUGGAAACAAGUUUGUGGAAAGAAGAAGAAGCCUGUGAAGAUUAUCCCUGAUGCAGAGGAAGACGCUACUCCAGAUACAACUGUUGAUUCUGCUCCUGAUGCACAAGAACCAUAUGGUGGUUUGGACAAUGAAGCUUUCAAGCAGUUGGUUGGCUCUGGAAAAUUGCAUAAAGAAAAUAUCAAGUUGGUUGAUAUAAAUGAAGCUGAGGUUUUGACAGAGAAGGAUGCUUGGGUCACUAAGGCUCUCACUGAUCCAGAGGCCAAUCCAAAGGGUACUGCCAUCAAUGAUCCAGUGAACAAUACAUGCAAGAAGAAGCACCACAUCACAUAUCUUGCUCAACAGGCGGCUUCGACGGUGAUCGAAUCGUUUUCCACGUUGACAGUUUCCGGUCUGGGAGCGGAAACCUGCGGGGACUGCUGUAGCUGUUGCUGCUGCUGCUGCUGUACCGGAGGUGACGCUCCAAAAACUGGACUCGAGGCUAUGAACUGGUGGUGGUGCUGGCCGAAGUACGUGGGAGCUGUGAUCAGCGGGUGGUAGUAUUGGGGCUGGAUUAGAUGGAACGGAUAAGGUGAAUAGGUAAUAGCCAGUGGAUGAGCCACAGGUUGGAUUAUUGGCUGGACUGCUUGUAUGGUGCUGUAAGCAAAAUUGGAUUUAACAAAUCCUGCUUGGGUUAAACCCAGACAAAACAAAACGACGA